AUGGCAGAAUCUGGCUUUCCUUUACCACCAGAUUCCUUCUGUCCUCUCUGUGUGGACACACUGAGAGACCCAGUCACCAUCCCCUGUGGUGACACCUACUGCCUGGAGUGCAUCAAGAUCUACUGGGACCAGUUUGACCACAUGGGUGUGUACAGCUGCCCACAGUGCCGUUCUACCUUCACACCUCGGCCUGUGCUGAGACGCAAUCUGCCGGACGUCAACCACGAGCCACAUCGUCAGCUUCCCGAGCUCACUCCUUUCCCUUACAUGCACCGGGAAUCCUACUGUGAUUUCUGUGUUGGCCGUCGCAACAGGGCUGUCAAGUCAUGUCUGAUGUGCCUGGCCUACUACUGCGAGACACAUGUCAAGCCACAUUACGAGUCAGCGACCUUCAAGAGGCACAAGUUAGUAGAUGAGACGGGUCACUUGGACAGGAAGAUCUGCCCUCAGCAUGAGAAAGGACUGGAGCUCUUCUGUCGCUCUGACCAAAUGUGCAUCUGUGUGCUGUGUACCGUCAGAGAGCAUCGCGGCCACAACAUCGCCUCAGCGGAGGAAGAGCGAAUUGAGAAGCAAGUGAGUCAAACAAGAGAACAGCUUGACUAACAAAAUGUUUAAUUUUUGUUUGGCAAUUUUGAACUUUAAGUGAACUUUCUGAAAAUCCCAACUAAAGCUUCACCCAUAUUGGUCAAAAGUGCCAGGUGUCUUGUUGCCUUAAAAGAUUCUGGAUCACAAAAGCCUCCUUUUAUUGCCACGUUAUCCCAACAGAAAGUCUUGGUGGUCACUCAGUCUGAAGUCCAGCACAUCAUUCAGGAGAGGAUGAAGGAGCUGCAGGAGCUCAAACAUAACGUGGAUGUUCUCAAAGUAAGAUCAGAAAUUGUCUAAUCAAACAUCCAAGACUAAGGUUUGGAGUUUCUUGGGGGGAUGCAGAUAUAUUAUGAUCUACCGUACAUACAAAAGUAUCCGUCUGAAGCCAUUAUGUAUACAAUAUGCCUGAUAACCGUCUCUUUUCAUGACCUGAUCUGUUAUCAAACCUGGUAGAGUAAUGCCCAGAGAGCACAGACAGAGAGCGAUAAGACCUUCCACGAAAUGCUGCAGGCUGUUGAGCGCUGGAAGGCCGAAAUCAACCAGAUGAUCAUGGCCAACAUGCAGUCAGCAAUGUCUCAAGCUGAGGGCUAUGUGGAACGUCUGGAGCAGGAGAUUCAGGAGCUGCAGCGUAGAGACACAGAGCUGCGGCAGAUCCUGGAGACAGAGGACAACAUUCACUUUCUACAGGUGCUGAAAGAUCACACAAGACUGCAAGAAAUAUUAGCCUGGAUGCUUGUGUUUUUAAAAAAUACAAGUCUUGUUAAACAAACAAUCGUAUGAUGUUUACACAUUAACAUUAUUGCUGAAUUCGAGUUACCUCUAAAAUCAGAUGUCAGAGCUAAAAAUGACGUCACACCCGAGCUACCAGCGUUUCAGUUACCAAGUCGGUAACUGAAGCAAAAUUGGAGGCAGAAACAAGAUGGCUACAUCUGUGAAAGUUGUUUUAGUGCUUGCCUUAUAUUAGGACAAGGUAAUAAAGUAGAUUUGAUUAACUGAAAAAAAGGAAAAACAGUAUGUGAAAAUGCAAUUCUAGUUUGUGACCAUACUCCUUAUCAUGGCUCUCCUUUGUCCUGUUGAACAGAAUUUUCCUUCCUUGUGCGUCCCUCCUGAAGCGAUGGUGCCCAAAGUGCUUAUCAACCCUCAGUUCUCUUUUGGAGAGAUGAGCAAGACAGCCAUGGAGAUGAAGGAACACCUGGACGACAUCUGUAAGAAGGAACUGGGCAAAAUCUCCAAGACAGGUCUGGAUACUGUUAAGAAAGAAUAAAAAAUUAAACUACAGAAGAGUUGGCUAACAUCAUGCCGUAUCGUCUCAACAGUUAGUGAAACCCCGGUGUACAUACUUCUGCCAAGAAAUGGAGACAAGCGACUCAAAGGUAAGUAUCUGUGAACUUUAACAUGUAAAACUUUGUAUGUUUUCUGUAAGCACACAAAGUUGUAGUCACAGAUCAAAUUUUUGGGAAAGGGAACAACAGAGAUUUUGGGGGGGGAAAGUGUUUCAAAGUUAUUUUGUAAUUCACUCUGAAAGUGAAACUAAAGGUGUCCAUGAUUUCACAUCCAAAUAGUUCCCUCAAGAAUGGAUUUUCAGGAGCCAAAGACCAGAACAGACUUCUUAAGAUGUAAGAUUGUAGUAAUUUGCUUCUUUUAAAUGUAGCACUGUGAUCACCUAAAUUUUUGUUCAUCUAAAUAUACUCAAUGGAUCACUUUCUACUAUUUGUGGUUGUCAGACUCCUGCAAGUUGUCCUUCGAUCCAAACACAGCUUAUAAAGAGCUGGUCCUGGCUGACGGUAACCAGAGGGUCACACGAAAGAAAGCAACCCAGUAUUACCCAGAUCAUCCAGAACGCUUCGAUGGCUUCUCCCAGGUGCUGUGCAAGGAGCCUCUGACUGGUUUCAGGUUUUACUGGGAGGCGGAGUGGAGCGGGGAGUUUUCAAUCGGGGUUGCCUACAAGAGCAUCAAUCGAAAAGGGAAAAAUUCACACAGCCUGCUGGGCUACAACGACAAGUCUUGGAGUCUCCUGUGCUCAGACUCGGGUUACUCUGCCUGGCACAACAAAGUGGACCGAGACCUUCCUGGUGCUCCGAGGGCCUCACGGCUUGGUGUCUACCUGGAUUAUGCAGGCAGCACUGUGGCCUUUUAUUCAGUAGCAGAGACUAUGGAGCUGAUCCACAGAUUUAAGGCCCAGUUCAGUGAGCCUCUGUAUGCUGGUUUUGGUGUGGGCUCCUCUGUCACCCUCUGUCAGCUGAAGCAGAACCCAACACCUUACUAAGACUCAACAACCGUAUGUAG